GCAGUGUGGUUUUUGUUUAUCAAGCUGAGCGUCUUUGGCUUUCCCUUGGGCUUUGGGCUUCCUUUUAACUUUCACUAUGAGCUUCAACACCAAACAGAGCACCACCACUACGGUGUACUCCAGAGGGAGAAGCAGCAAUGGUAGCACUGCUGCUAGAGAUGGGGGAAUCAGGGUUGUUCCAGCAGUCUCUGCCAGAGGUGUAUCCCCUGCUAGAGGGAGUCCUAGAUGCAGCCUCUCUGGGAGAAGCUUUGACGGCUUCGGAGGGAAUGGCAGGGGUGUCAUGGAUGGUGGUUAUGGGUUCAGUGCUGGCAGCACUCGCUAUGGGCAUGUCGGUGGCAGCAUGGGCUGUGGGUUUGGCGCUUGCAACGAGGCCCCCCUGAUCUCCUGUGAUGAGAAGAUGACCAUGCAGAACCUCAACGACCGUUUGGCCUCUUACCUGGACAAGGUGCGAUGCCUGGAGGAGGAGAACAUGGAUCUGGAGGGCAAAAUCCGGGAAUGGUAUGAGCAGCAAGGGCCCCUCUAUGACCAAAAGGAUUACAGCAGCUACUAUCAGCAAAUUGAAGACCUUAAAAACCAGAUAAUUUCUGCCACAGUGGAUAACAGCAAGCUUGUCCUGGAUAUUGAUAAUAACCGGAUGACUGCAGAUGACUUUAGACUGAAGUAUGAGACAGAGCUGGCUCUUAGCCAGAAUGUGGAAGCUGACAUCAAUGGCUUACGCCAAGUCCUGGAUCAACUCACCCUUUGCCGGUCUGAUCUGGAGAUGCAACUUGAAUCCCUCCGGGAAGAGCUGUGUUGCAUCAAGAAGAACCAUGAGGAGGAAAUAAAGGAGUUCAAGAGCCAAGCCAAUAGAGAUGUCAGUGUGGAAGUGAAUUCUUACCCAGGCCCAGAUCUGAAGAAGAUUUUGGAAGAUAUGAGAUACCAAUAUGAAACAAUGAUUGAUAACAACCGCCGAGAAGUUGAGCAGUGGUAUGAAAAUAAGAUGGAGGAGGUGAAUCGGGAGGUCACCAACAGCAGCAAAGAAUUUGAGGAUUGCAACAACCAAGUCAUUGACCUGAAACGCCAGCUGCAGACCUUGGAAAUAGAUCUGCAGGCUCAGCUUAGCCUGAGAGACUCGCUGCAAGGUUCUUUAGCCGAGACCGAAUGUCGCUACAACAACCACUUGGCUGAAAUACAGAACCAGAUCUCGUGCGUGGAGCAGCAGUUGGCGGAGCUGAGGGCAGAAAUGGAGUGUCAGAACCGAGAAUACAGAGAGCUUCUGGACGUGAAGUGUCGCCUGGAACAGGAGAUCCAGACGUACCGCAGCCUGCUAGAGGGAGGACAGGAGGACAUUGUCAGUCUCAGUAACAAAUCCGGAGGAAUUUCCAGACAAGCAAGUGGGAGUCCCAGAAGCUCCCGUAAUUACUCCACCUCUCCCAGCCGUUCCCAGCCACUGGUGACUGACAUUAAAGCAUACACCAGAUAGAUUUCCGAAGCAGCACCUCCACAACAAGCGGUCUGUAACCUGCCAAACUCACGAAAGCCAAGUAUCUAUUGAUG